UUUCAGUGAACUACAUCAACAAUUCUCAAAAAUAAAUAUGUUGAACAUCGUUCCAUUACUCUUACUUUUCCUAAUCCCAUCUUCAACCAAACUCCUCAACGACAGUGACAUCCGGCCUCCAGAACGUUUGUUCAGCGAUUUUGGUGACGUUCGCAUUGGUGCUCUCGUCCCCGUCCACAUUCGGGAAUCCAACAAGACGUUAUGCGACAUCCACAAUCCGCGAUUCUCGUACAUUCGCUACAGAGAUGGAACGGUGAAAUGUUAUAAGCUAAAUAUUGCGGGAGUUCUGUGGAGUGAGGCCAUACGAUUUUCCGUGCUGGCUGCGAAUCAGUUAUUCUUUAACGGUACGUAUUCCGUACUGGUCGAGAUUAGCAAUAUAGUGCCUUAAUUAAUUAGAACAUCCAGUUUCAAUUCAUUAAAACAUCCAGUUUUUUAAUCUAAGUAAAGAGAAGGGAAUGAAACGCAACAGCUAAAAAGAACAUAAUGAAAUUAGUAAAAUUGCAAAAUUUGGUUGCGAAAUGUUGUAAAAUACAGAAAAUAUAGCCUUGCGGAGUUUGCAUAUUUUCAGUAUAUUUGUAUUACGAGCGGAAAUUGUUACCAUUUUCGGCUCAAAAAUGGUAACAAUUUCCGCACGUAAUACAAACAUACUGAAAAUAUGCAAACUUCGCAAGACUAUAUUUUCUGUAUUUUACAACAUUUCGUAACCAAAUUUUGCAAUUUUACUGAUUUUAAUAAAUUCUUUACGGCGAUUAAUAUCUUUUUCCCCCUAAAUAAAAAAAUAGUCUAACAUGCAAGUUGUCUAUUAUGAAAGCUUCGUUCUAGAUUAUUUCAGCUCGAUUAUGGCAAGUAAUGCUAAUUAACUUGAAUUCAUUCAUUAAACUAUCUAUGUUAUUAUUACAGGUGCAAAUAUAACCCUAGGUUAUGACAUCCGGGAUUCAGUCAACGACGUCGAUGUCGCCCUAGACGCAGCCCUGGAUCUCACGACGCUCCGAAGAAGACGUAAAGUGAGCAAUAGCUCACGCGAGUGCGAGUGUUCCGUGAACACGACCCAGCCUUACGUGGUCGCGUUAAUUGGUGGCGCACGUUCCGAAAUCUCGCAACGCGUGAAUACUAUCGCUAGUGACUCGUCUUUACCGCAAAUUAGUUACUCGAGUACUAGUGUUUCACUGGAUGACAAGACAAACUACAGGUGCGUGUUUUGCUUUCAUGCCCCACACAAGCUUUUAGCUUUAAAUACCGUGGCGUUUAAAUAAUAAGUGAUUUUUAGGCAACUCAGUCGAGUGUGAAUUUAUGCAUUUAUUAAGACCUAACUGUUACUAUAAGUCUUAAGAUCACAGAUGAGCAUAAUAUAACUUCCUUCUAAAAUCAUAUGUGUAAUUAUAACUUUUCCGAACAAUAGAAUGUAAUUGUUUUGGAACACGACCAUUGUAACACUUAUACCAAUUAGCGUUCGUCAGCACUUAGUCGCUGGGAGUACUCCAGUUCAGUUGGUAGAUGAUCUUUGCAGCAUGAACAUCAAUUCUUUCUAUUUACUCCAAAUCAUUAUAGCCCGUAGGUUACGGAUGGCAGUAUAACCUUGAAAGUAAAAGUCCCCCCUACUUUUUAUCAGUAGAAAGUAUAAUGAUUUUAAUAAGUUAAACUUUUGAGUAGAUGCUUUAAUGACUUCAGAAACGUGAUAGUUCCAAUUUAGUUGAUUAUCAAUUUCCAAUCCCAAACAUCUAGAAACCAUCACAUACACAGAUUCAAAGAUGAAAAUAGAUGAGCCAGUUUCAAAACAUUUUUGUUUAAUAAUCGUUUUGAAGGCCCUUAGGGAUGGGGUAAUUUUUUGCCUCAUAAGGAAGGCUAUUCCAAAGUGCAGCACCAUUAGAGUUAAAUCACCUCUUGCCAAAAUCUUCUACCACUAAAACUAUUCCCUACUUUCAAAACCAUAGAACUUUUCUUCGCACCAUUCCGCCAGACAAUUUCCAAGACCGAGCAAUGAUGGACAUAGUCAAGAAGUUUGGUUGGUCGUACGUAGCGACAGUCGCUACAGACGAAGAGUACGGUCGUCGAGGCGUCGAAGGCUUUCAUGAGGAAGCGAGGAAAAGCAACAUAUGCAUCUCAACUCAACGACUAUUCCAUUUCAAUAUAAGCGCUGAUGAUACUAAAAGAGAUAUCAAAGAUAUAGUCAGCGAGUUAAAGGCGGACACUAAAACUAAUGUUAUUAUUUUAUUCUGCGAGCGACCUCGCGCUGUUGCAGUUUUAACCGAAGCUGAGAAGCAAGGCAUGACAGGAAAAACAUGGAUUGCAACCGAAGAUUGGGGAUUCAGUGAAGAUGUCUACGAUUUUGAUAUCUCCACUGUGGGUGGGAUAUUGGGUGUGGUCACUCACGCCAGCCGUUUGGAACUGUUCGAAAAACAUCUAGCUGCUCUUAAUUCUAGCACCACCCAGAACCCGUGGUUAAUGGAAUAUUUUCGCGAGAAGAGUUGCAUGGUUGGGGAUAAGAAUUGUAAAAUAGAUCCAUCGUUGAACGCCACUAUAUUGCAUAGGAAUAAAGCUUCUUAUGUCAUGGAUGCAGUCUAUACGGUCGUUCUAGGUCUGUUGGAUUAUAUGAAAUGCGGAAAAGCUGAUGCUGCAGAUUGUCUGAAGGAUAUAGACUUGGAAAAGUUAAGAGAAUACAUGUUGAAUGUUAACACUACUGGAAGUAGUGGAAGAUUGAUCAAUUAUGAUGAACAAGGAAAUCCUGGAGGUAUCAUCAGAGUAUUUUGUUUUAACAGAGAAAAUAAACUCAUUUUAUUUAUAUUGAAUAGCUAGCGCUCUAUCAGUUCCAAAUUUUGGUCCCUAGAGGUCCAGUAAGAGUCAUGUCUUAUUAAUUCAGUCUUAUGUCAUUGAUGCAGGAGGAAACUUAAUAUAAACUAACUUACUAACUUUAUUCUUACUGGAUAGCUCUACCAGUUGUAAAUUAUUCUUCCUAGAGGUCCAGCAAGGACCGUCUUUAAAAAUUUGGUGUUGCCUCGAUAGGAAUCCGGAGUAUCAAACUAGAAGCACUCUUCUCACAUGUGACUGAAGUGACAUUAUAAUCCGACAACUGAAAUCACCGUCAUAGAGGAGAUAUUGAUAUCGAUAUCCCACGAAUAUUAUUUAAAUAUGGCUACUGAAAAUAUGUAACAUGUUCCUUAUUAUUGCUUUAUCAUUUUCUUUUACCGUUUUUAGGCAUCUACUACCAUAUCAGCAACCUUCAACCAGACCCGACUGCCGAGAAAGGAAAGAAAUUCGUGCUUAUAGGCAACUGGUCGAACGGUCAACUGCACAUAACCAAUCCUGUCUAUUGGAACGGCGGACGGAACAACACCCCCGUAUCAAGAUGCUCAGCUCCCUGCCCCCCGGGACAUCACUACGUGAAAAGUGACGUGUCGUGCUGCUGGAAAUGCGUCCUCUGCUCGUUGGGGCAAUUUAAAGCCGAAACAGGGAACCACCAAUGCGAUUCCUGUCCCGCAGGGUAUGUUUCGGACUCCAACCACACACGAUGCGUGCGCAUACCGGAAGAGUUCAUCCGCUGGGAUUCGGUAACGUCGGCCAUUUUGCUGUCGCUGUCUAUAUGCGGGGUCCUGGUAACUAGCUUCAUGUUUGGAGUCUACUUCAAAUACCGUAAGUCCCCAAUUGUCAAAGCUGCCUCGAGAUAUCCCUCAUUACUUCUCCUCGUAUCCAUUGGGAUAAUGUUCGCAUUGCCUUUAUUAUACAUCGGCCGACCGAGUAUUGUGCUGUGUCAUAUACAACCGAUCGCUUUUGGGCUCCUAAUGACUCUAGCGGGUUCGUUGGUCCUAACAAAAACAUUCAGACUAAUACAAAUUUUUAACAACCUGGUCGCGAAUCUAAGAGACAAACCUUUGGUGACGGUUAAGACUCAAUUCUUUAUGGUGAUAUUGAUGUUAGUUGUAGAGGUCGUAUUGAUUAUCGUAUUCCUAGGUCAAAGACCGAUACAAGUUAAUACGGUCGUCGGGGGUGCCACUGUACCUAUAGACUGCGGCGACUCCGCGAAGGAUCUGCACACUACUGUGCUGUUGUACAAUUGGCUCUUGGCAUUAAUUUGUGCGGUAAUAGCUUUUCGUGCUCGAUCCCUUCCUGCGAACUUCAAGGAAGCACGGUUGAUUUGUUUUGCCAUGUUUACCUUUUCUGUCAUAUGGCUUUCGUUCCUAAUCGUGUUCUCCGGGAGUAUAAUAAGUCAAUUCUCAGUGUACAUAUGCGUUGCGAUCUUGGCAACAGCCCUAGAUCUUCUCGUGUGCAUGUUUGCACCGAAAAUAUUCGUCAUCCUCUUCCGGCCAGAAUUGAACAAGAUUGACGUGGUUCGCGCAGAUAUUUAUCGUUACACACGGAAACAAAGUCAAGCGCACUUUCGUGUACACGGGGCACAAGAUGACGUCACAGGGUCUCAACUCGAGGGUUCAUUACCACGUUCCGCGAAUGUCUUCCAAGAAUCGAAAUUGUAGUGUCUGACCAGAGUAUAUAAGGGGAAUUUAUUUGGAUUUGGAAACUACUUGUAGCAAACUACUGUAUACAUUACGUUGUAAAAUUCAUGAAUAACUACUUAGGAUACGAACAAAUCACGACGCGGUAUUUAGGUCACAUGGCACACUUGUAAACCGCAUUAAAGAUCAGGAAGUCAUGUUAGAGGGAUGUUUAUGAAAGUUAUGAAUAUUAAUUCAGAAGCAGGGAUGUUUAUGAAAAUUAUCGAUGAUAAU